UAUAAUAUUUAUUAUCUACUAGAUAUAAAGAUAUUUAUUUUAUAUUAUUUCUAUUCUAUAGAAAACAAGAUUUAUAAUCCAGUAGGUUUUGCAUACUCUGUAUUAUAUAUAUAUAAUUUAUCAAUAUUUAUUAAAUUUAUGACUGGUCUUCUAGAAAAUAUUUAUAAUCUUAUUAAGAUUAUUGAAUAA